AUGAGGAUGCUUAAGGCUGAAAAACUCAAGGAUCUAUAUGCAAAGAUAGAAAGGUGUGAGUCAACAGAAGAAUUAGAAGAAAUCAUGCAAAAAAUCUCACAGGUCGAGAUAAGAAGAAAACCAAGAAGGAAGAUUCUUCCAUAUCAAGAGGCUAAACCAGAAUCUGGUGAAUCCUCUAACAUGGAUACAGAAAAUAUGAAUACUGCAAAUCCCCCUCAAGGAAGUACAGUAGUUCAGAAUAUCACAAACUACCCUACUAAGAUCAUUAGAGAAAAUAAAAUUAAACUUCCUAAGGGAUUAGCCCCAACGGGAAAACCUGGAGAAAGGAGUUCUCAAAAGUUCAUUCCUACUGAACCAAAGUGGGGACAGUCGGUAUCCGAAAGAGGAGUAUAUCUCGAUCUAGACCAAGUUGGAGACAAAAGAAAGGUCAUUGACAACUGGGUGGCUAGCUUGAGAUUAACUCAAGCCUUGGUAUUAUCAAAAUAUGAAUACACUGAAGCACAUGCCUAUUAUGAGUCAACACUGACUAGAAUUGUCCAGAAGUGGUAUCAAUCCUUCAAGAGGAGCACCCAGUGGCCUGAUUGGGAGACCAAGUUGGCCCAAACCAACAACCCACUUGAUUUUGCAUGUCCGAUAUAUGCACAAUUUUGCGGAGAUAUAAUGGGACAUAGUGAGCAGGCAAAGGAAAAGGUCAAGGCAAACAUUCAAAAAUUAAGUAUCUGCAAUAUGAGAUACUUUGAGGAGUAUACCAAUGAGUUCCAGAAUUACUAUUGCAAGAUCGGAGACAUAGAUAAUGAAGAUCUGGUAAGAACCUAUUACAGGAAACUACCAGAACCCUGGAACGAUGCAGUAGCACAGUCUAUAGAAGAAAAUCCCUUAACAUUUUUACAGUCGGAGGAAUUGCAGAAAGAGUCAGAGAUCUCCUGA